AUGACGAGCUUGAAGAAGAAGUUUAUGUUGAACAACAGUAAGGGAACUAAACCAUCAAUGGUAGAAGAAUUUAAAAAAACCAUGAUGAAGGAAUACACGAUGACUGAUUUGGGACUUAUGAGAUAUUUUCUCGUUAUUCAAGUAAAGCAGUCAAAGGGAGAAAUAUUUAUCUCUCAAGGAAAAUAUCUUAAAGAUUUAUUGAAGAAAUUUUAUAUGUCUGACUGCAAAUCAGUUUCUACUCCAAUCUCUUUAAAUGAUAAGUUGCAAGUAAAUGAUGGAGCAGAGAAAGUCGAUGCUACCACCUAUCGAAAAUUGGUUGGUUCACUAAAUUAUCUCACUAAUACAAGGCCGUACAUUGUUUACUCUAUAAAUCUUAUUUCCAGAUUUAUGCAUGAGCCGAGCAAGCUAAACUAUGCAGCAGCAAAGCGAAUUCUUCGAUAUCUUCAAGGGACCAAGAAUCUCUGCAUCAGGUAUGUGAAAGAAAAUGACAGUAAACUCAUUGGCUUUAGUGAUAGUGAUUGGGCAGGAUCAUUGGAUGAUCGAAAGAGUACAUCAGGUUAUAUACCUUUACCCUAUCUAAAGAUUGGAUAUCUAACUGCAUCACCUGUGGGAAAUCCAGUUGUGCCCCACAGUGAUUGGAAACGUACACAGUUUAUUCUGAAUCAUGAAGGGCUCCGACAGCGAGUUCUACGGGCACCAUGUCAUCAUCACCAUCAUCUCAACGUAGCAGGCCCAUGUGGCACCACAAUGGGCACCACGGCUUGCCUGGACGAGCCUUACCUCGCUAUGGUCCCUCAGGCUCAUACCACAUUCAUUUCCAUAAGAUGUUUAUCUACAGUUGGCAUGAAGCACAUUCUUUUUGUAAAAAGUGCUUUAAGAGGAGUGAAGGUAUUGCAAUCCCCUAUUGGUGACAUUACUUCGAUGAUAGCUAUAGCUGUUGAUGUUGAUGUGCUCUUAUAUGUUUCAAAUAUACUUAUUGGUUAUCCUUUAGGAUUGACAAUAGAUGGAACGUAA